ACAUUUAUUUUCGUAAUGUACGUGAAGAUAAACUACGAGGAAGAAAGCAAUAUUGUUAUCUUGUCUUCGUCCCGGAUUGCGGGCGGAAUAGGCCGGGCUUGUCGGAAUACGGGUGUGGUAGCCGCUUCCAACAUGGCUGAGAGCGGCGCCGAGCUGAAACGGGAGGUGAUGGACGCCGCUGCGAGGUUUGCGGACACUCCGGACCUCAGGAGCGUUUUAGUGACCAGCGUUUUAAACCUGGAGAAGCUGGAAUACGACUUGUACAGAGGGAAGCAUCACUGGGUCCCUCGAUCUCAGCGCCUGUUCGGUGGUCAGAUUGUGGGUCAGGCUCUGGUAGCAGCAGCCAAGUCUGUCACCGACCAGCUUCACGCUCAUUCACUGCACUGUUACUUCGUACGAGCAGGUGAUCCCAAAGUUCCAGUGCUUUACCAGGUAGAGCGGACCCGAGACGGCCGCAGUUUCUGCGUUCGAUCUGUGAAGGCCAUCCAGCACGGUCAGCCGAUACUGAUAUGUCAGGCGUCCUUUCAUAUGUCGCAGCCCAGUCCACUGGAGCAUCAGUUCACCAUGCCCAGCGUCCCCCCACCUGAGGCCCUGCUUACUGUAGAGGAACUUAUCCAGAGAUACCUCAGCGAUCCAAAUGUGGCUGAUGUUACCAAACAGGGCUUGAAUAAAAUACUGGCAGAAGAGGUUCCCAUCGAGAUCAAACCAGUGAACCCACCUGAUUUCUAUAGACGUGUCGUCAUGGAACCCAAGAAACUGUUCUGGGUCAGAGCAAAAGGGCAUAUAGGGGAGGACGACAUGAAACUGCACUGCUGUGUUGCUGCUUAUGUGUCAGACUACUCUUUGCUCCCCACUGCACUGCUGCCUUACCCCAAGUACAGGGCUCAGUUCUCAGCCUCCCUCGACCACGCCAUGUGGUUCCACAACACAUUCCGAGCAGACCAGUGGAUGCUGUAUGAAUGUGAGAGUCCUUGGGCAGGAGGGAGCAGAGGAUUGGUCCAAGGCCGCAUGUGGAGACAAGACGGUGUUCUUGCGGUCUCUUGCGCACAAGAAGGAGUGCUAAGAGUCAAAAAUACGACUCAGAGUAAACUGUAGAUGAGUUUGGACAGAUUAUUGUUUAUGAAAAUCAUGGUUUAUGAAACUCCACUUGAUCAUUUCUAGUAUAAAAUGGACAGAAUUUUGACUGACCAUGGGAUUGGCCUUAUUACUCACAGAGAUUUACAUGUACAUGGUCACAAAGCACUCUGUUGAUCUUCCUGUGAUUGACCAUUCACAAAACACUCAGUCAGCUCAGAUUGCUCAUUGUGCUCUCGGGGCAUUCAAUGGAAAGUGAAGUGCCGCUCAUUAAACACUCACACUUUGAUAGAGUAGUCGUUAAUAACCAGAAAGCAUUUAUUGCCUUUAUUGAUUAGUUCAUUGUUAAAAUUGCCAGAAUGUGAUUGUAUUUUAUAUUUAAGUAUAGUUUUUAAUCACUAACCGCACCACCUUAUGUACUAUGUUUAUUAUAUUCCUGAUAAUAAACACAAUACAUAAGGUGGUGCCAUUAGAUGUGAGUGACUUUAGGUGGAAAAAAUUGGACUAAGUGUACAGAUGUGAAAUAUCAAUGUUCUUAUACUAGUAUUUUAUGAUAUUCUCCAGUGUCUGGAUGAAAAGUUCUAAUUUGUACUAAUUUAUGCAUGAAUAAAUUAAUCUUUACUA